UCCGCGCGCUGCUGCGUUCACCGUCUCAACUCUCCGAGCGGUUUUCACGGAGGUUCAGAGAAAUACCGACUUUUUGUCUGGAUAUGACCUGAUAUGACCUGGGAAGAGACGGGAAUCCAGGAACCUGCUGAAUAUAUUCAGAGGCUUUGAGUAAACGGAUGGGCUGUCGACUCUGGAUCACUGAACCUCUGUAAAGUCAUUCCUGUGCUUUGAUGCAAGCGUCCCUCGGGGAGAUUUAUGUGUCAUCAGGACCUUGAGAUGCAACCACACACGCUCAGUGAUGUUCAGCCUCAUCCCUCUCUCAGCAGACCUGGCAGACCUCUAAUCUCUAAAAGAUUGAUGAGGUCUUGUUCAAGUGCAGGAGGCCUUGCAAAGCGUCGAUAAGGCAGCUUUCAUUUCACCACAUUUUAUCCCUCACUUCUUCCUUUCCUCUCCUCCUUUAUUUCAUACUGAGAAACACGGGGGCUGGCUUUGAAGCAUAAGAGAGGAUUAUGACAUGCCAAGGCCUCUGGGCGAGAAGGACGGUGUUUAAAAAAAGCAGGAGCCAUGAAAUGCCCCAGAAAUACCAGCUCUGUUUUCUUCCAUCGCUCCUCGUUUGACUGCUGUGUGGAAGCUGAGCAGGACGCUGGAGUCGGCAUGUUACUGUCAAACUGCUGGAGCUGGAAUGUAGUGAAACUACAGAGAGGUGAAGCCCAAAGCUGAGAGGAGCUGAACUCAUUACACAAACCUGCACACACACGCUCAAAAAAACACUCAGAGUCUCACACAGGACAAUGUGCAACAUCUCCUUCUGUGAUGUGGACAGUAAGGUGGACCAGUUCUUCCAGCCCACGCUCUACAUCAUAGUCAUCGUCCUGGGGCUGCCCACUAACUGCAUGGCCCUGUGGGCUGCUUACAUGCAGGUACGUCAACGCAAUGAGCUCGGCAUCUAUCUGAUCAACCUGUCAGUGGCUGACCUCCUCUACAUCACCACUCUUCCUCUGUGGAUCGACUACUUUCUGCAGCACGAUGACUGGAUUCACGGCCAGGAGAGCUGCAAAUUGUUUGGCUUCAUUUUCUACACUAACAUCUACGUCAGCAUUGCCUUCUUAUGCUGUAUAUCACUGGAUAGGUACCUGGCUGUGGCAUACCCCCUGCGCUUUGCUAAGGUCCGACGAAUCAAAACAGCUGUCCUGGUCAGUGCCAUGGUCUGGAUCAUUGAGAUCGUUGCCAACUCUGCUCCACUCUUCCAUGAUGAGCUCUUCCAGGAUCGGUUCAACCACACUUUCUGCUUUGAGAAGUAUCCCAUGCAGGACUGGGUAGCAGGGAUGAACCUCUACAGGACGUUUCUUGGGUUCCUUGCUCCAUGGACAGCCAUGCUGGUCGCCUACAGAGGGAUCCUCGCAGCAGUUCGAUGCAACGUCUCAACGGAGCGUCAAGAAAAAGCCAAAAUUCAGCGCUUGGCUUUGAGUUUAAUUCUCAUUGUCUUGCUCUGCUUUGGACCAUACCACAUCCUCCUCCUGGUGCGGAGUGUUAUGUUUCUAAGGAAACCAUGUGACUGCAGCUCAGAGGAGACCUUAUUUGCUGCGUACCAUGUGUCAUUGGCACUGACCAGCCUGAACUGUGUAGCGGACCCCAUUUUGUACUGUUUUGUCAAUGAGGGUGCCAGACACGAUGUCGGCCGAGCUCUCUCAGCCUUAAUGUCUGCAGCCUGCCACAGACGUUCCUCCUCCUCACCGUCCCAUGCUGACAUACUCAACGCAGGGUCAGUAACCGUGGAGACACCACUGUCGGCUAAGAAACAGCCUUGUGUGUUUGCUGACGGCAAGACUAGCAGCUACAAGACUGAACUGGUGGCUCUAAGGGAGGAGUGUCUACAGAUGACCAUCCUCAGUGUUAAGAAAUGAAUUCUGUCCAAAGGUUCAGUCAGGAACAUGAAGCUCUUCCCACGUCUGAUUUUUUCUUGAAAAACAAACUGAAAUCAGACGUAAUCCUUGCUUCCACUAGAUGGUAAAAUGAGAUUAAUGUGAACUAAUCAUACAGUCUGUAACCAAAGUAACAGACCUAUAUGUGGUUGAAAUGCACAACAGAAAACUGCCAUGUUAGAUCUGUACCACAAGUAAGGCUAAGUCAAGUAAGGUUUGGAUGGACGGUUUGGGCAGCUCAUGUUAGGUAUGGGGAUUUUCCUUUAAAAACCAAACUAACCUUGAGUUUAUACUUAUUACAAAGUCAUUUAAUUUGUGGGGCUCCUGGAUUCCUAUUGCUAGUUGGCAUUUUUGCCUCACACUGCAGACAUGGUUCAGCUUUUGGUACUUCAACAUGUCGUUCAGGUGAUGUCAUUAAUCCCAGAGUGAUGAGGCAGAUAAAUAUUUUGGUUUUUAGAUUUAGAGAUAUUCUUAAGAGCUUGAAUCGAAGGCAUCUGGACUUCUUUUUGUCUCUUGACAGCGUUUCUCCUCUCACCCAGAAAACUUUUUCAGUUCUAAACUGAUGAGAAGUUCCAGGCUCAUAAGCUGUAUUUUGGCCAUUUGUAUUUGGGGGCUGUUGAAGUCACAUAUGUGCUGUUGACUCACCCAACCCUGUUUAUCUCGAGGAUCAUUGCCUUACCUACCUGACAAACACGUGAUGUGUUUUGGUCACAUGACUCUAGGUGUGACUGGUUUUAAAACUGCCUGGUUAGGAGAGUUAAAUUGCAUUGUAGGGGUUGGAAAGAUUAAACCUGAGGUCAUUUCCUUUGUUAAAUGCUAGUUUUGCUUGGUUAAUUUCUUUCACUGCUCUCUCAGACCAUCUGUCUUCUCUGCCCAAAGUGUGCACAUUACUGUCCUCACAGGAGUAUCCCUUAUCCUUCAGAUGCAGGUAGACUGCUGAAUGUUGACCUGAAGAGCUGUGCUUCGGUUUUGUGCCAGAUGCUUGUGAAGUGCUAGUUUGGUUUCUCUCACGCAGAGGUCUGUGCUCUCCUCGCUGCACUGAAGUGCAUAUACAACUCUGCUCAUCUUGAGUUUGAAUGUUUCUCUAAUUCAGUAUUCUGUAUGUUAUUGUGCUGUGAAUGUCUUUAAACUUCUGUAACCUUUGGGUUUUGUGCAUCUUCAUUAAAAAGUCUCGACUCCACACUGAGUUUCCACCUCUCCAUUGCGCCUCUCAUUUGGCCAAGCUGUUUGUUAAUGGAGAUAUUUUAGCUGUUUGGCAAGCUGUCCUUAUCCUGGACGGACAUUGUUUUGGCCAUAGUUUAAUGUAUGAAGUCCCAAAUGGAGGCUGAUGAAACUGUUUCUGCUAGCAUGGCCUCAUUGGCACCACUUGCAUCUUCCAUCUCCUUCCUUUUGCUUCUAAGGGCCUUUCCAAUUUUUCUUCCUCUGGUGUUAUUAUUAGUUUGAAAAGUAACUUAGAGAUAAAAUGGGGGUUUAAAAAGGGUUCAGGUAGAAGUCCAAUCUUCACACAGCCGUCUGAAUCUUGACCUGAAGAACUCCUUCUGUGUUGCGCCAUAUGCUUGUGAAGUUGUUGUUCGGUUUCCCUUAAGUUGAGGUCUGUCCACUCCUCAAAUCUGAAUGGCCAACUACAGUUUAUAAGCCUGGAACCUUCUGAAGAAGCAUUUUAGAUGACAGGAGAAACUCUCUCAAGAGACAAAAAUAAAUCCAGUCACCUUUGAUUAAAGCUCUUAUGAUUACCAUGACCUGGAUGACUGAGAAUCUAUGCCAACAGGUGUAGAGGUGCCAUCAUGAUGUGAAACUUGGACCUACUGGUGACACCAAAUGAAAAGUUAGGAGAUAAUCUCGAGCGUUUGAUGCCAAUCCAUACAGCGUGGACCAAAAUGUUGGAUCAGCUGCCUGACACUGGUGUGACUGGUGAGGAUCUUAUCAGGACACCUGAUAAACUUUUUGAUGCCUACAAGACACUUUUGAAUAUUUAAGAGAAAUUAUUUAAACACACCAUCGUCUGCAUGACUCGUUGUUAUUGGACUGAGAAGAGACUUCUGUGCUGCAUGGACAGAAGGAUUGCUGUUCUAAAACUUUCUUUACAUAGUUGGAAAUGUCUUCUUUUUAUUCUUUUUUUUUUUUUGCUAUAUCAGUUUUUCAGAGGAAAUAAGAAGCCUUAUGAAGCACCUCAACUUCUAAACUAUGAAAGCAGGGUGGCUUAGAAAAGAAGUGUCUUAAUUUUUAUUGUGAGCCAUGUGUUUUGUUUUUUUUUUAACCACAAAAAACAAUUGAAUCUUUUCAGAGAUCUUAGAAAAAAAUAAGUUUUUACAGCUCAUUUUUAAUUUUGACUUGUAUUAAAUUCUAUAAUCAUGUUGUAAAGCUGAAUAUCAGUGUCAUACAGUGAAACAAGUCAUCAUACGUGUUCAGAAUGUAAACAAAUGCAUGCCCUCAUAAUCACUGUAAUAUGUCAGCAUGUUGAACAUUAACACAGCAGCAAAAGGAUCUGUUGUAUAAACAGUUGGUGGCAUCUUUAUAUGAAGUCACACUCUUUCCAUAUGUGUUCAAACCAAAGCUUCUUUUCUCAGUGUCGAUGCAGCCUGCCUGGUCAUGCAUGCAAGGGACUGCAUGCACAUCCAUCCCAUGCAGCUGGAUUUUUCUCCUCUGAACAGCUUAAACAGCCUUUCACAGAAAAAGUAAUCAAACUACUUCAUGUUGAUCUGUUUCCUCUGAGACAGAAGCUGUUAAAGAGCUCCAGCUUAUAUUGAGUUUGGCCUGAGAUGUUGGUGUUUUCAAUGCAACAUUCAGUAUGGUUCAGCCCAUAAUUAAUAAUUCUGACAGCCUUAACUGACAUUAUGUUGCUGCUGCAGACAAAAAUACAAUUAACCUUGAAAUGUUUACAUCAUUGUAGCCAAAAGCCAUUUUGUAAGUUAUCAUUUUCAUUUAUUAUUUUUUAACUUCACAACAGAAUCCUUUAGAUCUGACAUUUGAUGUUCGUAACUGUCCGGAUUUGAUGAAGUGACACAGCUAACUGCUCAAAAUGAGUCAUAGUAAAGCAUGUUACCUGCUAAAUGCAUGACGAGGAAGAAAUUGCUGGUUGGAAACAUAAAAAUAUCCCAAGAGGUCAGUAGGUCAAAUAAUUAUUUUAAAUUUUUAGUUCAAAUCAGCAAAACAACAUUGAAUGUUUUCAUUGAGUUUAUAAUGAUCUCAGAUUAAGCUAUUUAAAAUGUCUCAAAAGCAUUUUUUAUUACAUUUUUUUUCAGUGAUUUAGUCUUUAUAAUUAAAGUUUAAUUCACCAACAGAAAAAUAGCUGUUAAACUUUGACAUCUAGUCAUGGCAAGAGAAGAAGAAAGCAAAAUACACCCUCUUUCAACAGCAAGGUUUUAUGUAACGGGGCAUAAAAUAAAAAGAAAACUAAUAAAAAUAAAAGCAGCACAUGACACAUUAGACUGUGUUGCCAUAUAUUUAAGAAAAUAACUUUUCCAAAAUGCAGAAUUGGUGUGUAAAAACUGUGUCCUCCCCAUGAUUCAGUAGCUUGUAUAACUUAAGCUUAGCAAUAAGCUGAAGUAAUGAUUUUCUGUGUGACGUUAUCAGUCCUUCACAUGGUUGUGGAGGAAGUUUGGUCCACUCUUCUUUCCAACGUUCUGCACAGCUCUCUGAACGUCCCACCACAGCAUCUCAGGCAGGUUGAGGUCUGGACUUUGGAUCAUGUCAACACCUUGACUCUUUUCUUUUUCAGCAAUUCUGUUGCAGAUCUGCUGCUGCGUUUGGGAUCAUUGUCCUGCUGAUGAAACAGUUUCAGCCAAACUUUUGCUGUCAGACAGAUGGACAUUUGACUCUAAAACACUUUGGUAUCCAGAGGAAUUCAUGAUCCACUCAGUGACUGCAAGGUGUCCAGGUCCUGUGGUUGCAGAACAAGCCCAGAUCAUCAGCCCUCCACCACCGUGCUUGGCAGUUGGUAUGGGGUGUUUGCACUGAUAUGCUCUGUUUGACUUUCUCCAAAUGUGCUGUUGUGUAUUUGGACCAAACAUCUCUGCUUUGGUCUGGUCUGUCUAAGGGACAUUGUUCCAGAAGUCGUGUAGUUUGGUCAGAUGCAGCUUUGUGAAACAGAAGAAGCUUCCUCUGGCAAACCCUUCCAAACAAGCCAUACUUGUUCAGUCUUUCUCUUCAUCGCACUGUCAUUACCUUUAACCUUUAAUAUGCUAACUGAGACCCAGUUACAGUUCACUUUGGGCUGAACUUGCUGGGACGUCCACUUCUGGGAUAACUGGCAGCUGUCUUGACUCCAGAUUGUUUGGAAAUUACCUCAUAACCCUUCCUGGAUCGAUAAUAGGUGCUUCUAUAAGAUAAUUACUGACGUCUUUCUUCCUUGGCCUUGUGUUAACACUCAGCUGGAUGAUUUAAAGCAGCAAACUGAAAAACUAUUCUACUUUUAUAGAGGUGCUCACACUGAUGGUGAUCAAUCAAUCAGGUACAUUGAUUAUCAGCACCUAGCAGCUACUGACCCUGUUCAUACUGAGAAAGCAGUAGGGAUGGACUUCGUUUUUCACAUGUACUUCAGUAUUUUGGUUUAGUUUUUGUAAAAUCAGUAAUGACAUAUUCACCUAAUUGUAAAACCAGAUCAUAUUUUAUGAAGACCUGAUGCGUAAAACAUUUGCAUGACGUAUAUCGAGCUCCUUCCUGGUGUCAUGAAAACUAAGAGUUGAUGAAACCUGUUGGAAAAGUUCAUGUACUGCACAAAUUUCUUACUACUUGACAUUUCUCUGACAUGAAUGAUCUUCCUUUUGUUUGUUGGAAGUUUGUCUAAACAAAAAUUACUCAACAUCUUGUUUUUUAACACUCAUAAUAGCCUGUCAGCACAGAUAGAUUUUUUAAUACAUACAUAUAUAUAUAUAUAUAUACACACACACACACACACACACAUUUAAUUUCUUUGCUCUUUUGUGCUGUCACAUGUUUUUGGACUGUUGCAUUCAUGUUUAUGACAUUUCAUAGAUGCAUCUGUUUACAUUAUACAAAGCCCUCCUGUAUGCUAGCAAAAUAUAGCCAUCAUAUAACAAAUUUCCUUGUAUGCUGUUAUGGCUCAUAAAACCUGUCCAGUGAUUUUGCAAACAGAGCCCCACCUGCUCACUGUUUUGGAAAUGAUCCCAUCAGCAGUGAUUUUCUUUUUUUUUUCCAUCUUCUCUUGGCACAGACAUGUAGCUAAAUUCUGUGCAAGUAUGAAAAGUCAGGUUUCUGCAUACCCGUGGCUUGUUGGUGUUGCUGUAAGUUCUGCUGUACAUGCCAGUGAGAGGAGGUGCCAUGCUUUAUAUUGUGCAUUUGUUCAUCAACAGUCAUUGUAAGAAAUAAAUGGUGAAACCUUG